AUCGAAACAAGAAAUGCAGCUCAAAGAAUCAGGACUGCAGAAAGUCGUGCACAAGAAUCUCAAGAACAGUGUGACGAACGUCUGCAACAGAAUAUUACGAGAAAAAGAGCGGCACGAAAACGAAACAUAGCUACAGUACGAGUACGAGAUCGACAAAGGCAACGGAUCAGCCGCUCAUUAACACGUGCAUCAUUCGUUCGGCUUGCCUUUGAAUAUGCACCAGAUAUUAACUACUCAGCGCAUUCAAAAAUUGCUAUCGGUGGAAUGGAUAUAGUAUGUCAAUAUUGUCGGGCAUUGAAAUUUCGGAAUGAAGCAGCCGGCAUGUGCUGCGCAUCAGGAAAAGUUGUGCACUCAUCUCUACCCGCUCCGCCGGAGCCUUUGUUAUCCCUUCUUACUGGCAAUUCAGAUGAUUCCAAAUUAUUUUUGAAGAUCACAAUCAGCUAAUUCAAUUGAUCAAAAGAGUUUCGCCCCGACUGCAAAAUGACAAUUAUCAAAUCGUCAUAAAAGCCGACAAAGUACCAUUAGGUGAACAUGCUGGUAGAUUCAACGCUCCAACUGUUGAUGAGGUUGCUGUUAUCAUGGUUGGUGAUCCAGUUGACAAAAGAUCUAUAAAAAUGACACGGCGAGACAAUACUGUCAGUACGAUUUCGGAUCUACACCGUUCAUAUGACGCACUACAAUAUCCAUUGAUAUUUUGGCAAGGACAAGAUGAAUAUCACCUUAAUAUCAAACAGUAUGAUCCAAAUACCGGUGAUUACAGAAAUAAAAAAGUUAGCUCAAUGAACUACUACGCACACCGAAUAAUGGUUAGACAACAUCAAGACAAUUAUAUCCUUCGAUAUCGUCAGCUGUUCCAUCAAUACAUUGUUGAUAUGUAUGCUAAGGUCGAAAGCGAACGCUUGCGAUUCCUUCGAUUCAACCAGGCAAAACUACGAUCGAAAGAAUAUAUUCACUUACGAGAUGCUGUUGCUGGAAACAUCGAUGGAAAUUUAAAUCCCAAGGACAUCGGUAAUGCUUUCAUUUUACCUUCAAGCUACAUCGGCAGUCCACGGAACAUGCAGGAAUACAUACAAGAUGCGAUGACUUACGUACGUCAUUACGGCCGACCCGAUUUAUUUAUUACAUUCACAUGUAAUCCGAAUUGGGAAGAGAUACAAACUUUACUAUUGCCAGGACAACAAGCCAUUCAUCGUCAUGAUUUAACUGCACGUGUGUUUAAACAAAAAUUGAAAUCCUUAAUUGAUUUUAUUGUUAAAUAUUAGAUUUUUGGCAAGUAUAUUUGUAAAUAUGUAAACAAAGGCAGUGAUUUGGCCAUAUAUGAAGUACAAAACGUAAAUAAAAAUGACGAAAUAGUACGAUACCAAAUGGGCAGAUACAUUAGCAGCAAUGAAGCUAUUUGGCAUAUUCUCAGCUUUCCCAUCCACGAAAGAGAUCCUGCUGUCUGACAUCUGUCAAUACAUCUUGAAAACGGUCAACAUGUAUACUUCACUGAAGAAAAUGUUCUCUAAAGAGCGUUCGAAGCUCCGAAAACGACUCUAACUGACUUUUUUACAUUGUGUCAAAAAUCUGAUGUGUUUGGCCAAUUCGCGAAGGCAUUGGUGUAUGGUGAUGUUCCACGUUAUUUCACAUGGAACAAAUCCAGUAAAAAAUGGGAGCCACGGAAACAAGGAAAACCACAUCCUUCCAUUACAGGCAUAUUCAAAACAUUGGGGAGACUUUACACGGUACAUCCAAAGCAACGUGAGUGCUUCUAUUUACGUUUGUUAUUGGUGAAUGUUCCCGGACCAACGUCUUUUAAAUUUUUACGAACAGUUAAUGGUCGAGUAUUCAAUACAUACCAGGAUGCAUGUCGUGAACUGCAAUUGCUAGAAGACGAUAACCAUUGGGACUUAACGCUUGCUGAUGCUGCGUUGACAUCAACACCGAAUAACAUUCGUCAGUUGUUUGCAAUUAUUUUGACGACAUGUUAUCCCUCGCAAGCACAAACUUUGUGGGAAAAAUAUAAAAAUUGUAUGACAGAAGACAUCUUGCACCGAAUUAGAGAAACAAAUCAAUGCCAAAACAUAGAUUAUACACCAGAGAUGUACAAUGAAGUAUUGGUCUUGAUCGAGGAUUUAUGUGUUCUUAUUUCAAAUUUUACUUACCACUUAAUCAUUAUGGUAUGCCAUCACCUAAUCGUCCAGCCACCGACUUAGUCAAUACCGAUUUACAACGAGAAAAGCAAUAUGACCAUGGAAGUUUAGCAACAAUUACCAUGAGCAGUGAACCAUUACUGACAGCAGAACAAAAAAUUAUUUAUAAUCGGAUUAUGCUGGUUGUUGCUGCUGAACAAGGCGGUUUUUUUUCUUGGAUGCACCCGGUGGAAAAUACAGUCGCAACAAAAAAUCGCAUUAGCAGUAUCAUCGUUAGGCAUUGCGGCUACUUUACUGGAUGGUGGGCGAACAACACAUUCAAC